CCAGACAUACGCAAGUGAGCCGCUCGACUUGGAUUUCAAUGUUGACCAUCGGAGACCGUCGGUAGCUAGUGCCAUGACCGCUAGUAGCCAAGGAUCUAAAUCUAGUACUGGUGCGCUCUUCAGAAAGAAGCUGCAAGGCUUCUUCGGCGACGAAUACCAAGGCAACGGAGACCCAAAGCACGAUUCAGAUCACAACACCCAGGCCUCGGUGUCGAAGCCGUCAUCGAUUGAUUACUUCAGAGCUCGAGAACGAGCGAAUUCAGACGGAUCACGCAACACCACGGACACCUCACACGAGAAAACCCCGCAAAACCACACAAGGCCACGAACUCCUCUUCCUUCCAGCGAGAUCACUCCCUGGAUGUAUCAAAACUACAACGAUAUACCUCAAUUUGGAGAGGCCCCUGUCCGCCAAGCGCCAACAGCCGAAGGGCAACGUGCUGCGGCAGCCCAAAAAGAUCCCAAUCGGAGACAUUUCAGCGGCCACCGCCACUCUCGGAGCAAAGAAGAAAAACCAACUGCGGCCGGUGAUCUUGCCGGCUAUCCAGCUCGCCCGGCAACCGGCCGAGAUGAUCUUUCGCUUGGACUUCACCCAUCUCGGGAAGGUAGUCUCAAUUACCCCACCCCAAUGACAUCAACCACAACUCUUGGGCGUGCCACUAGUCCCACGCCCAGCGUCCAGAGCGCCCACGUAAAGGGACAGGGUCAGAACUCCCCGGGUGCUCAGCCGGGGAAGCGUUCUUUCCUCGAUAAAAUACGUCGCCCAAAGCAUGGCCACCUGAAAAAUAUCGCGACAGUGAAAGGAGUGCAGGAUACCACGAAAGCUGCCGCAUCAAAAUUGACGCGAAGAGAAGCCUCGCCCGCCAGGCGAGGCAGACAGGGAAGUAUUGAGAGUGCGACAUCUUCCAAGUACAAUGAUGGAGAAAGUGAUCGAAAGAAGGACGGUAAAGGAUUGGCCAUUGGCCCAUCCAAGUUACGUGGACGGCGAGGUGCGGGCAACGAGUAUCCGGUUGGCAGAGAUUCCAGAUUCUCAGACGACUCCAACAUGUGGGCUCUCGAUACAGACCUCUCGCAUAUGGAGGGCAUUGUGAAUCCGCCCUCUCCAGGUGACCGGGGACGGAUGCCAGAUGGAGCUUUCGCGCAGGUAGAAGAACGGACAAAUCGAGAUAACUUGCCUGCCGGAAACUGGGAUGCGCCGGAGAGUUGGCACGUCAAAAAGCAGAAGGAUGAUAUAUCAUCCUUACUGCCCGACGAAGGCGUUGAGCAGCCUGGUCCCACAAUAUCCGAACCCGACGGUGUGGGUUAUUUCAUACGAGUAUUUCGCGCUGAUUCGACCUUCGCCACCCUUUCAGCUGGUCUCUAUGCGACUGUUGCCGACGUUCUCCUUCUACUCGGACGCAAAUCAUUUCUUACUGAUCAUCUGAAUAAUUAUGAGUUAGUGAUGCGGAAGAAUGAUCUUUCCAGACAGCUUGGCCCGAGUGAGAUGCCCAUUCUCAUGCAGAAGCGCAUGCUUGAACAGGUAGGUUAUACCGAGAAGGACAAGAUUGAAGAAAUCGGCCGCGAAGAUCAUAGUUAUAUCCUUCGUUUCACCUUUCUCCCAGCCCGCAUCAGUGGUUACAGCAGUCUGGAGAGCGAGCCUGUCCUCAAUAAGAACCAGAAAUUUAGCCACGUGGACCUCUCGAAUCGGAGUUUAGUCACCAUUCCGAUCACUCUUUACAAGAAGGCACCUGAGAUCAUAUCUCUGAACCUGUCAAAGAACCUGUCCUUGGAUGUGCCCAAAGAUUUUAUCCAGGGAUGUAUCAACCUACGAGAGAUAAAGUUCAUCGGCAACGAUGCUCUUCGUUUGCCUGCCAGUUUUGGCCUUGCUAGUCGAUUGACAUAUCUUGAUAUCUCGAACAAUCGUAUCGAAGAUCUGAGCCAUGCCAACCUGGAUAGGUUGCACGGCCUUGUCAGCAUCAAGAUGGCCAACAACAGACUCACGGAACUUCCUGCGUAUUUUGGCAAUUUUCAAUAUCUGCGGAGCUUGAAUAUAUCCUCAAAUAACUUUCAGGUGUUCCCGGAACUGCUCUGUGAUCUUAAGAGCCUCGUGGACUUGGACAUCAGUUUCAACAACAUUUCUCAGUUACCCAAUCUGGGGAGGUUGGCGACACUUGAACGAAUUUGGAUGACAAAUAACAUUGUCAGAGGUUCACUCAAUGAGGUAUUCCGAGGCCCCGAUAGUCUGAAGGAAAUCGACGCGAGAUUCAAUGAGAUUACCAAUAUAGACUGCCUGUCUCUCCUCCCGCGAUUGGAGCAACUGGUCAUUGGCCACAAUGCUAUCUCGAAGUUCAAAGGAUCAUUCCCCAAAUUGCGGACUUUGAUCCUCGACCACUGCCCCAUGACACAGUUCGACAUUGAUGGACCUGUCCCAACGUUGACAUCUCUGAAUAUAGCUUCUGCCAAGCUGGUUCAGUUUCGCGAUGCGCUCUUUGAGAAUCUGCCGAAUCUGCAGAAGCUCAUCCUUGACAAGAAUCAUCUUGUCUCAAUGUCGCCACACAUCGGCAAACUGCGUAGGCUUGAACAUUUCAGCAUGAUAAAGAAUCCUCUGGCUUCGCUGCCCGCUACUAUUGGCUGCUUGACAGAGCUCAAAUACCUCAACUUGCGGGAAUGCAAUCUUAGGCGACUCCCACCAGAGAUUUGGCACUGCCUUAAGCUGGAAACUCUGAAUGUCUCUUCAAAUGUGCUGGAGGCGUUUCCAAAGCAUGGUAGUCCUCAGCCCCAGCUCCCAGCCGACGCAUCUAUGACUCCUGCAGUGACCCCAGGGUUGUCGAAUAAUCCCAACUACGAAGAACUAGGUGCCGUUGAUGAACAGGAGGCACGCCGACCCAGCCAAGCUUCAGGAGCUGGUGCACUCAGCACCGGAGGUUCACCCAACGGGACAGCUUACCGGAAGCCCUCUAUUGCCUCAUCUUUAGGCCAAGGGGGGCGGAAAGUGUCUGCGGCUUCUCGCUCGCUCACCGAUGGAAGCCCAUCGUCGCGCAAAGACUCCAACUUCUCACAACAUGUCGCAACGACAUUCGGGGGAUCCCUAAGGAAUCUCCUCCUGGCAGACAAUCGAUUGGAGGACGAUAUUUUCCGAGAGCUGUCCCUGAUCCCGGAGUUGCGUGUUGUUAACCUCUCAUACAACGAGUUAACGGAGCUUCCUCAGGGUCUGUUGAGACGUUGGCCAUUGUUGACUGAGCUGUACCUCUCGGGCAACGAGCUCACGUCCCUUCCGUCCGAUGAUCUCGAAGAAGGCAGCAACUUGAAGGUACUGCACAUCAAUGCGAACCGUUUCCAGGUGCUUCCAGCCGAACUCUGCAAAGUCAGCAAGCUCGCAAUUCUGGAUGUUGGGAGCAAUUCUCUCAAGUACAACGUCUCUAACUGGCCUUACGACUGGAACUGGAACUGGAAUCGCAAUUUGAAGUACCUCAAUUUUUCUGGUAACAAGCGGCUGGAAAUCAAGCCUCAUGCGUCGUCACUGGGAACGCCCACCACACCUGGGACAGAUUUGACCGACUUCAAUUCUCUGACGCAUCUGCGCGUUCUGGGCUUGAUGGACGUCACUCUCACAAUAUCUACGAUACCCGAAGAAACAGAAGAUCGUCGUGUCAGGACUUCCGCUUCCCUAGCCGGGUCUCUUGCAUAUGGCAUGGCCGACUUUCUUGGCAAAAGCGAACAUCUUUCCAUCUUCGAUAUGAUCGUUCCUCGACUCAAGCCCGACAAAGUGGAGACAGUGGUAGGAAUGUUUGACGGUCAAUCCCAGUCAACGGGAGGAUCUAGAAUUGCCAAAUUCCUGCACGAGAACUUUAUACACACUUUCUCAUCCGAGCUGAAGCGGAUUAGGACCGAAGACCUGGAGACUCCGCUAGAUGCACUCAGACGAGCAUUUUUGACCCUGAAUAAGAACAUGGCAUUUGCGUGCUACAAGUCGAUUGACCAAGAUGUGCGUCAUUACCAGGAAGAUCCCGCGGAAUCGAAGAAAGUGCGGUUGAACAAGGAGGAUGUCCAUUCAGGUGGAGUCGCUACCGUGAUAUACUUGAACAACAUGGAUCUGUUUGUUGCCAAUGUUGGUGACGCGCAGGCUAUACUUGUCAAAUCCGAUGGUUCAUUGAAGCACUUGACCCGAAACCAUGACCCUGCAGAAUCACACGAAAGAGCAAGGAUCCGCGCUGCAGGCGGGUUUGUCUCCCGCAAUGGCAAGUUAAAUGAUACCCUUACAGUAUCAAGGUCGUUUGGACAUUUCCAGAUGAUGCCCGCCGUUAUUGCGGCACCACACACCAUGCAUCUCAACCUCACGGAACAGGAUGAGAUGAUCAUUGUGGCGUCAAGGGAGCUGUGGGAUUAUGUGACGCCAGAUCUUGUCGUUGACGUUGCUAGAGCUGAACGGAGAGAUCUUAUGAUCGCUGCUCAGAAGAUCAGAGACCUGGCCAUUUCAUUCGGAGCCAACAACAAACUCAUGGUCAUGAUACUGGGUGUGAGUGACUUGAAGAAGCGAGAGAAGAUAAGGUUGAGGCCUAGUCUUUCUAUGGUCGGACCCCCCGAGGAUCAGAUUAUACCGAGCACGAAGCGAACCAAAAAACCGCGUGAUACACCGGGCGACUCCAGGCUCGCCCGUUUCGAUUAUGUGGACGCCCCUGUUGGAGAACUUGCUAUAAUCUUUACUGAUAUCAAGAAGUCAACAAGCCUCUGGGAAACCUGCCCAGAUGCGAUGCGCUCAGCUAUUCAGAUUCAUAACGACAUUCUUCGUCGACAGCUGGGUAUAAUCGGUGGUUAUGAGGUGAAAACGGAAGGUGACGCUUUCAUGGUUGCGUUCUCCACAACCACGGCCGCUUUGCUUUGGUGCUUCAACUGCCAGACACAGCUUCUGGAAGCAGAAUGGCCGACAGAAAUUCUGGAGCAACCACAGUGCCAGGUGCAGUACGACAUGGAAAACAACGUCAUCUUCCGAGGUCUGUCCGUCCGAAUGGGAAUACAUUGGGGUGAGCCUGUCUGCGAAAAGGACCCAGUGACCAAUCGUAUGGAUUAUUUCGGGCCAAUGGUCAAUCGCGCUUCUCGUAUCUCUGCCGUCGCCGAUGGUGGCCAAAUCUUCGUGUCCUCAGAUUUCAUGAGCGACAUCCAACGCAACCUGGAGGUGUUUGCUGAUAGCGAGCGCGCUGCCUCGACUGGCUCCGAAGAGAGCUAUGCGAUUGACAAUCUUGGGUAUAAUAUUCGACGCGAGCUCCAACAACUUAAUAGCCAAGGUUUUGUGAUCAAGGAUCAGGGAGAGCGAAAGCUGAAGGGGCUUGAGAAUCCGGAACCACUCUAUUUGAUCUACCCUCAUUCUCUCUCUGGGAGACUGACAACCCUGGAGAAGGACGCAUCAAAUGAGCAUGCCCCGACCACCAUCAGCAAGCACUCGCAGCUAGAGAUCCAGACCGACUUGAUUUGGCGGCUGUGGGAACUUACUCUUCGACUCGAGAGGCUUUGUGGCGCCUUGGAGUAUCCUGGCGAAGCCCGCCUCAAGGAACCAAACGUUUCCUUGUUCAACGUGGUGAAGAACCAUGGCGGCGAACUUGCAGAUUCGACCGUGGUCAGCCUGGUGGAGCAACAGGUGACGCGCAUCGAGGUUUGCAUCAAUACUCUUUCCAUCCGGCACAUGCUGCGACCAUUCAAACCCGGUGAUCAACUCAAUGACCAUGCCGCCCCAAUCUCCGAAGUAAUGCAAGAACUGCAAAACCGGCUUGAAGAGUACCGUGUUCUCAAGGAACAAGUAGCUGUCAGUGCUGGCACUACCACAAGCUACAGGUGAAUUGAAUUGCAUCAAUACUACAUGACCGUUCUCUUUCACCCCAGGAGUCUGUUUGUCUGGCGAGAUGAACCCUGGCGGAUCUCGCCGCUACUUCCCAACCCCGAUGAAUAUAGUAACGAGGGGCUCUUCCUAAUCGAUCAUUUCUGUAUUUAUUGCCACUUAUCAUUCUCGUUUUUUUUUCUUUUCUUUUCUAUGAUUUCCCCAUCAACCUUUUGCUACACUUACGCGGGCGUCUCGAGGAAGGGCGGGCGGGGUGUGAAAGGAAUUCC